UGGUGACGAUCCCUGAGCUCUGCAAUCAGACAGCAGUAGAAGUAGUAGUAGUAGUUUGUGCAGCGAGUUUAUUCCAUGUCAUUUACCACUGUUCCCGGGGGAGAUCGGUGAAUGGAGCUGUGUGAUAUAAUAUCUGCAAUGAUUUGAAAGAGGCAGGUCGAAGAGGAGCAGUUCAUGGAGCUUUAACGAUCGACGCACGGAGUCGUACCCGAGGUGAGCUGAAGUCGGAAGCUAACUAUCCGGACUGCGGACUGGUCCAGGUGUCCUGCAGCGCUGGAGACUCAUUUCUCCAGCUGAAGGAAAUCUGUCCUGACAAAUGACACUUCUUGAUGCUUAAGUGGAAUCCAGAUCCAAUGAACCCAAGGGAAGUCUGUCCAGCGAGAGGACUACACCAACAAUGAAAGGUGAACCUUGGAAAACAAGAAAAAGGAAAUCUAAGAAGACACCCGCAAAGAAAGUCUCAAACCUUGCUUCAUCUCCGGGCUCAGAGGAAUCAAACCCUGAGCCAGGAAGUGAUUUUGCCAUUGUCCCAGCAUGCUCCUUACUGAGUACUCCAAAAAGAGGCAAGAGGAGGACAAGACAGACUCAAGAUGUCUGCUGGACCUCCACACCAGUACGCAGCUCCUCCACAGAUCACCUGACCAAAAUCUCAAAGUCACCUCCUGGAGCAAAACAGGCAGGGCUAGAAUACACUGAGGUCAUAACACAGUUUAAGGCAGUAGAGGUUGACUUGCCAUGCUGCAAGUCAAAAUCUCCAACCAAACGCAAGACGUGUGAUGCUUCCCAGACAAGACAACUCAGAAAAAGAGUGGCGAAGGAGCCAGCGAAGACCUGCAGUGAAACCAAGGGUCCACAAGCCAAGCGCCAGCGUGGCAAGAGACCGAGGGCUGAGAAAGGGAAUUUACAGAAGAAUACCACUUCUCUGUCGUCCAAACGCUCAAGACCAAGAUUUGAACUAAAGAUGCCUGACUUAGCAGACAAAGAAGAGUCUUUGCUGUCUUCGGAUCUUUCAAUAGAGCUGAGUCACCAUGAAGAACAGCUGCCAGCUUUGCCUUUCCAGGAAGAUGAGGAAAGUGAGGAGGAGGAGCUACCAAGUUUCUUGACACGGAUGGACAAAAAGCCUCCCUCCAUUACAGAAGGAGCGUUUGUGUGGCACAAAGUUAGAAAUUAUCCGUUCUGGCCUGCACUGGUAAAAAGAAUGAAUCGUAAGCAGAAAAAAGCCAGCAUUGUGUUCAUCGAUGACCCAAUGAUUCACACAAAGAAAGGGUUUUCCGUGGCUCUGAAAAUCCUGAAGCCUUUUGACUGUGAGGAAGCCAGUGAGCUGGUGUUAAAAGCCAAAGAAAAGUAUGAUGCUGUUAUUGAGUGGUCGAUGGCCCUCAUAACGGACUACAGGAUACGGAUUGCAUGUGGCUCAUUUUCUGGCUCCUUCAUCAACUACUUUGCCCAUGACAUGAGCUAUCCAGUGAGGAGGAAGUACCCACAGACUGCCUCAGAGAAACUAACCAUCACCAGCGAGUCCAUGGUGGAGGAGCCAUGUGACGAUCUUAAGGAGGCCAGCUUUAGUGAUCAGCAGGGGAAGGUCGGCAGGAGUUCAAAGCGGCUGCUGCCAGACCGGACUCAUGCCGCCCACAAUAGAGCCAAUGAGAAACUUGUAUAUUUCAUCGUCAAGCAGCACAUGGUGGAAGGACACCUUCUGGCUGUAAUCCGUGGGCAGCAACAGUCCAGAUGGCUUCGCUCCUUUCUGACUGCCAAUCGAACACGGGUGGUGAACCCGUAUCUGGAAGAUGAAAAGCAGUUGGACCAGGUCUUCUGCUACCUAAACAAGAUCUACGAGACGGAGAUUGCCGCCGAUUCUUGCCUGGCCGAGGUGAAAGCUGUAGAAUCUAUCCCCUUUGUUAUGGACGUGCUUCUUCCUGAGGCCAUCAUCCAUGCCAUUGCUGGUGUUAACAAUGUCUCUGUAAAACAGGCAGAGGAGAAGUACAUUAAAGGACGUUGUAUAAGCAACAGAGAAAGACAGGAGUUCGACUUGAUGAUUGAGCAACAAAUAAGGAAAAACCAUCAGAACACUGCACUUGCAUUAUUGUCUGACUCAUUGAAAUUAGAGGACUGAUUAUUGUAAAAUAAAGGAAAAUAUUUUUGUA